AUGGACGUGGUUCAAGAUUGGGCCGCCUACUUCCUCGGAAGCGAACAAGCCGCUUUCAUCACCUAUUCGCCAUACCUGUACCGCUUCUACAACGCCGCCUCGACCAUCAAAUCAUGGCUCCUCCCUCUCAUCGACCAAGUCAUCCGCAAACCCGACCUCGCCACCAUCGCACUGCUGCUAGUCAUCGUCAUACUCUCGCUCAAAGUGCUCGACAUGCUGUGGCAAACGGUGGUCUUCUGGUUCAAAAUGGCCAGAAGGCUGCUGUUCUGGGGCGUACUUGCGGCGCUGGGGCUGUGGAUGUGGACGCGGGGACCGGAGGGCGUGUGGGAGGAUGUGCAGUACUGGAGUGAGGCGUGGGGGAAGGAGUAUGGGUAUUGGAAGGAACAGGAGAAAGUGGCGAGGCUGGCCGCGCAAGGGAGGAAUUACGGUGGGAAGCAGCAGAGGCCGGUGGGGUGGUUCUAA